AGAGAGACAGAGAGAGAGAGAGAGAGACAGAGAGAGAGUCUGGGGGGCCGAGCGGCCAGGCAGGCUUUGUGCACAAGCCCUGAGGCUAGCUUUGGAUGCUCCCUCUCCCACCAGGCCUCCACCUGUGUUGCUCUACCACUCAAACACCUGCCUCAUCCCCCAUUGUCAGCUCUCAUUUUGUUCUUCGGGUUCCAGCUGCGUUUUCUCUGAGAAGCUUUUCCCUGUCUCUCAUGCGGAAGUCCGCAAGACCCUGAACACCUCUCUCUUUUUAGACUGAUCACACAGCUUUGGAGUUGCUUUGUCUUUUUUGUUCUCCCCCAACACACACACACACACACACGCAGGCUAAAUAAGGGCAAGGAUGGUGUCUGAUUCAUCUUCAAGUCUCCAAGAUCUAAUACAGUUCCUGGAACUCAAUCAAUGGUCAGAAAGUAUGUGUAGAAUAAAUGAAGGGGACUUUUCUUCCCUGGAUGGCAAGAAACUCCCUAAGUACAGAUACCAAUUUAUUCUUUACUCAGAAAACAUUUAUUCAGCUCUGGAGACACAACUAUCCACAAGUCAGACAAAAAUCCCUGCAUUUAGUGAAUCUACACACUGGCUGUGGGAUAGACAAAACAAGACAUGAUUCAGUUGGGUGGUAACCCAUGCGAUGGAGAGCGGAGAAGCAGAGAGGGAGACGGGACGGCCGAGGGCAGUGUUAAACAGCUCAUCAGGGCCGGUCUCCCUGAGAGGGUGCUGGGGUAUGGCCUGAGGGAGCUGAGGGAGCCGCACGGGGUCUGUGCUUUUGGGCAGUCCGUACUGUGCCUCGUGCCUGACACUACUCUAGCAAGUCUUCUGCAUCCUUGAAGUCUCCUCCCUGAUGGACCAUUCAGGCUGGCACUCAGACAUUCUGUUAUUUCUUCCUUCCUAAAAUACCUUCCAUUUUACCCUACUUCCCUGCAAACAGACUCUCACCAUUUCUUUCCUUCUCUUUGCAGCAAAACCACCUCAAAAGAAUGGUCUGAUUCAUCUCUUGCCCGUUCCCUUCCUUUCUUCUUUUUAACUUGGUAAGCAUUUAUUGUGCUGCCCAGGCACCCAACCCUUUACAAACACCAAGUGGUUUUGUCCUCCUAACAGCCCUGUGAAGUAGGUGGCCUCAGGUUAGGAAAUGGGGCAAAGAACAGCUAAACAGCUUGCCUACAGUCACACGGCUGGUGAGUGGAGAGCUGGCAUCUGACCCCUGGCAGGCUGGUGCCCAGACCGGUGCUCUCAGUCACUCUGCCAUGCUGCCUGUCAGUGCCAUGCCCCUCAAAGCCACCCCACUCAGGGUUUCACCUACACCACUCUCCCGAAACCCUUCUUAUCCAGGUCACCGUGACGUCCAUGUUGCUAGAUCUCACUUCUCACCUCUCGUCUUACCUGAUGAGUCUCAGGUAAGGGAUGGUUGAGCCAGUUGGUUAUUUUCUUCUCCUUAACAUCACACUCUAAUUUCUUCUCCAGGCUUCUAGGACACCACACUCUCCAGGUCUCCCCACCUUACUGUUCACUCUUUAUCAGUCUCUUGCUGGCUUCUCUUCUCCUUCCUGAGCAGGAGAGCGCAGGAUCGGGUUCUUGGUCCUUUUCUUUAGCUAUACUCACUCCCUGGCCAUCUCUUCUAGUCUCCCACAGUGAAAACUCCACAGCCUGGCCAACAUGGUGAAACACCGUCUCUACUAAAAGUACAAAAAAUUAGCCAGGUGUGGUGGUGCAUGCCUGUAGUCCCAGCUACUCGGGAGGCUGAGGCAAGAGAAUUGCCUGAAAUUGGAAAACGGAAGUUGCAGUGAGCCAGGAUCGCGCCACUGCACUCCAGCCUGGCAAUAGAGCGAGACUGUGUCUCAAAAACAACAACAAAAACUCCAAAUGCUAAGACUCUGGUGUUAUAUUUCCAUUGCCAAUCUCUUUCCCCAACUGCAGAGUUACACACCCUUCUGAGUUCUUUGCCUCUCCUCUUAGGUGACUCAUAAACAUCUCAAACUCAAUGGGCCCAAAACCGAACUUCUGAUUUUCUCUCGCCAGCUGCCUGGCCCAAACCUGCUCCACCCAUAUAUCUUCACUGAGGGAGAACUCCAUCCUUCCAGGUGCUAAAGCCAAAAGCCUAUACACAGACAGAGCCUGACAGUCAGCCUCUGUCAAUCUCACACCGACAUCCAACUUCCCAAGACACCUUGCUGACUCUUCCCAGAGAACACACUCAGAACCUGACCCCUCUCAGCAUCUCCAUCUUCAGCUUCCUGUAAUGUCCUCCUGACUGCUCUUCACUGGAAUUCCUGACUCCUUAUCUGCUCAUCCUGACUGCCACCAUGACCCUUUGCAAACUUAAGGCAGAGCAUGUUUUCCUCUGCCCAGGACCCUACAAUGCCUCUCCAUUUCCUCCAGAGGCAACGCUGAAUUCCUCAGUGUCCUUCAAGGUCCCCCAUGGUCUGGUUCCCACGGCCGCGCUGGAGCCAUUGCCUGCUACUCUUGCUCCUGGUCCCUCGCUACUAGCCGUUCUGAUUGCUGUGCCUCAAAGUUCCAGGAAUGCUUCUGCCUCAGGACAUUUUCCUUGGCUGUUCCCACUGCCUGAAAUGCACACGUCUCAGAGAUCCUCAGGGCCAUCCCCCUCAGAUGCUACUGCGGACCUCCCCAGGCCUCCUGCCCCUCUUCUGCUCUGCUGUUUUCCUCCAUCCAAUUUCUUACCUUCCAACUUGAGUAAUCUGAUUGUUCCCCUGCCCCAUUUUGUCUGUGUUAUCUUAUAUAAAAUGCAGAUUCCUUACAUUUUUCCUCUGUUCGUUUUGUUUGUGUGAAAACCAUGUUCUUCUCAAUAUCCUGCCCCUCCCCAUUUACAUUUGGAGCCCUCAAAAUAACAGAGACAGGCAGAGACCUCUCUCCUGGGUGCGUCUUAACUUUGCAAAAUAAAUCUCCUAAAAUGAUUUAAAAGAAAAGAUUUCUUACCUUCCCGCAGGUGGUGUGGUUUACCUAUUUAAGUGAACCUUCCUUUACUAGAAGCUCAGCUUCCUGCACUUUACAAGAACAUGUAUCUUUGUCUUGUGCGGUGAUAUUCCAAGCAUCUAGGACAGAGCCCGUGCUCCAUAAAUGCCUGUAGAGUGAUUAUCUGGGUGAAGGCAUUGCAGGCAGUGGGACUAACAGGUGCCAGGGUCCCAUCCUGGUCUCCUCCCUGCUUUAGCAGGGCCAGAGGCCAUCAGUCAGUCCAUGGGGCAGACCCAUUGGAAAGGCUGGGGCGUCUUCCCCCUGCAUUUUGAGGGCAGGCCUCUGUUCAUUUAUGGUGGUUAUGUCUGUUGUGUGUGGCUGGUCCAGAGAAGAGCAGCGGGUUGCGGAAAACAGUACGGUGAACCCCAGCCCUGCAGCCACGCCGUCUCCACUUACCCAGACGAACUCACUACAUUGAGAUAAACAGCCCUGAUCUAGAGAAGUUCCCGGAUAAACUGACCCCUGACACCCCCUCCCCCGUUUCCCUCGCAGACACAACCCAAGAAAAAUCCCUCAUUAGCAAAGCUGCUUCCAGCGAGUGCCAGGAGGGCAGGAGGGACUUCCUUCCUCUCCUCUGCAGCCUCACCUCACCAGAGCCCAGGGUUCUUUCUUCUCUUCCCUUUCUCAGUGCACACUCGCCUCUGUGCUGCCCCUUCUCUGUUGUUCUGUCUCUGGGUUGCUCCCGCAGAGGUUUCUAUCUUUGGGUUUCUCUCUACCUGGGUCUCCAUCUCACUGUCUCAGUUUGCUUCUGGCUCCCUCUGGGUGUCAUCUGCCUCCGUAAUCUUUGCCCUCAUCCUCCUUUCCAGCUCCUUUACACAGCCUCUCUUUUGCCAUUUUCCUUCCCCUCCUAUUUCUCUUCUUCCUGUCUUGAUUUUUUGUUUGUUUGUUUUGUUUUGAGAUGGAGCAUCACUCUUGUUACCCAGGCUGGAGUGCAAUGGUGCAAUCUUGGCUCACUGCAACCUCUGCCUCCCAGGUUCAAACGAUUGGUGGCAUAGUGGUCACCAUAGCUGCCUUCUUCUCUUGUAAUUACCACGAUCCCCACCACCUCCAGCUUCUUCUCUUGGCCUCUGGCCUGGGCAGGGCAACGCUCUGCCUCUCCUGCCAGGCACCCACUGCAUCAGUCCCACCCCUCUUCCCUUUCACCCCACAGUCAGGGUUCCCGCAGUGACACUGGCUUCUGGUCUGAGCAGAGGCUGCCUCCAGUCCCUGUCCUCCCAGCUCCUCUGCCCUCUCUGGACCGUGGUCUGCCCAUCACUCUGGUCCACCCAGCCGGGGAUACCUUGUGCUAGGUCCACUGUGUUGGCUUGUCUGGUGGCUCCCAGCCUUUGCUGGGACCUGGGACUUUUCUCCUUCUGCCAGAGCAGUCCCUGUAGUUGGGUCUAAGGCAUAUGAUUAUAGCUCUAGACGUCAUGUUAGUUUUCCGAGUCUGCUGUGUGCAUGGGUUCCCUGGGAGACCCCUCUCCAAAUUACAAGUUCUUCUCCCCAGUUCCUUCUCACUGAGCAUGAAUCUCCCUCCUGGACGCUCUGAAGCAGUUCCCUCUCACAUUUAAGUGCCACUCAUCUUCCUCUUUUCCAGCCAGCACAUCAGAUAACCAUAGAGCUCCACGCAUCCCCUGGGCUUAUCUGCUCUGUUUCAGCUGGCUUUAAAUUUGGCUUACCUUCUUGGCUCUUCCUUUCUCCAGCAGGUAAAAGUCUACCCCGUUCCCUGUGAUAGAGGAAUCAGGCAAUGGCCUGGGGGUCAUUUGCCUUGUGGAGCUUGUUUAGGUUGGAAAUAUUGUUAAGUCCUUGGGGGCAGCUGAGCUGCUCUGGCUGGGCCCCAGAGGAGGCUGGGAAGCCUGAGGUACUUUUUCUCUCCUCUCUCACCUUCCCCUCUUCGUCCUUUGCUGGUAUGACCACCACCAAAUCAUUCUCUUGCUUUUGUGAUUCUCCCGCUUCCAUCUCUGGAGAAACUUCUCCCCAGCCCUUUCCACCUGCCAGAGUUAUGUUUUCUCACAAGGUGUGAUUGCUUACAUGAGGUACGCCCUCAAAGGGGCUUUGUGAGUCAGAAAGCAUAAUACCCAAUGACUUGUAAGUGCUGCCAAGCCUCUGUGGACCGAAGGGACAGCUCUUCAGUGCUGGGCAGCAUUUCUCCUGGCAUUCAACACUUUGACCUCUGCAGACCACCACCUCCACCAAAAACUCCACUUUUGCCCCACACCUGCUUGCCUCUCUCUCCGUGUAUGCCUCGCUCCAAAAACUCCACUUUUGCCCCACACCUGCUUGCCUCUCUCUCCGUGUAUGCCUCGCUCCAAAAACUCCACUUUUGCCCCACACCUGCUUGCCUCUCUCUCCGUGUAUGCCUCGCUCCAAAAACUCCACUUUUGCCCCACACCUGCUUGCCUCUCUCUCCGUGUAUGCCUCACUCCAAAAACUCCACUUUUGCCCCACACCUGCUUGCCUCUCUCUCCGUGUAUGCCUCACUCCAAAAACUCCACUUUUGCCCCACACCUGCUUGCCUCUCUCUCCGUGUAUGCCUCACUCCAAAAACUGCACUUUUGCCCCACACCUGCUUGCCUCUCUCUCCGUGUAUGCCUCGCUCCAAAAACUCCACUUUUGCCCCACACCUGCUUGCCUCUCUCUCCGUGUAUGCCUCGCUCCAAAAACUCCACUUUUGCCCCACACCUGCUUGCCUCUCUCUCCGUGUAUACUUCACUCCAAAAACUCCACUUUUGCCCCACACCUGCUUGCCUCUCUCUCCGUGUAUGCCUCGCUCCAAAAACUCCACUUUUGCCCCACACCUGCUUGCCCCUCUCUCCGUGUAUGCCUCGCUCCAAAAACUGCACUUUUGCCCCACACCUGCUUGCCUCUCUCUCCGUGUAUGCCUCGCUCCAAAAACUGCACUUUUGCCCCACACCUGCUUGCCUCUCUCUCCGUGUAUGCCUCGCUCCAAAAACUGCACUUUUGCCCCACACCUGCUUGCCUCUCUCUCCGUGUAUGCCUCACUCCAAAAACUGCACUUUUGCCCCACACCUGCUUGCCUCUCUCUCCGUGUAUGCCUCACUCCAAAAACUGCACUUUUGCCCCACACCUGCUUGCCUCUCUCUCCGUGUAUGCCUCACUCCAAAAACUGCACUUUUGCCCCACACCUGCUUGCCUCUCUCUCCGUGUAUGCCUCACUCCAAAAACUCCACUUUUGCCCCACACCUGCUUGCCUCUCUCUCCGUGUAUGCCUCGCUCCUUUCCCUGGCAGAGCCACACACACAGGGCUUGUUUUCUGAGAGGACUACGGUGUGUUUAGCAUGAAACAGGCUUCUCCCACCUGCUCCGAGUAUUUCCUAAGAGCCUCGUGGCCAGGCAGUCUUUGCCUCUCCAUUCACACCGGUACAGAGCUCACUGCUUCAGGAAGGAGGCUUAGUGGUCAGGAACCUGUGUGUUGGGGUCACACAAAUCCACCCUCUACUGGUUGUGUCACCGCAGGCCUGUUUGCUUAACCUCUCUAAGCCUCCUUUUUCUUUUGGUUAAAAUGACAGUGAAGUAAGUCCCUUGGCCGGGAUGUGGUGAAAAGUCAGGGAAAGUGCUUAGCACGGGGCCUGAUGCUCUGUAAGUGCUCACUGAGUGUUGCUGCUUUGUUAUUAUCUCACAAGGCAGCCUUCGCAGGGUUCUAAACUGAAAUUGGCCUCUCAAUAAAUUGCAGAGGGCCUGGUUCUGUAAUCUGGGGCUCCAUAAGAACUCCCUAAUCCUUCUUGCACAGGACAAGCCUUCAAAUGUUUGAAGACGGGCUCCACAUCCCUUCUAAAUCUUCUCUUCUCCAAUUUAAAUGUCCCGAGUUUCAUCACCUCUUUCCUGCGUUCUUCAUGGUUUCCAGACCUUUGGCAUCUAGGUCAGUGUCCUUUGUACACACUUGUCAAUGUCUUUCCAAAAAUACAGAGGACGGAAGUGAAGGUAAGACCGAAUUUGGUCUAACCUGCCCAGAGUGCAAUGGGGCGUUGGCCCCGUCAACAGCCCAGGCCUUCCGUGUGUGUGCUGGUGGGUCUGCUUGUGGUUUGACUUUGCGGCCUGUGACCAGAACCUCCUCCCUGAUUUUCACAUUAACAUCUCAAACUCAUCAUCAUUGCCAAGUUCAUCUUUGAAAUUAACACAGGAUUGGUUUGCAUCUGUUCAGUUGCAUUGCAUUUGAUUUCAGCCACACUAUAGGUUGAGAUCCAUUUUUAACCACAUUACUUGAGUAGAUAAUGCACUAUCACGUUCAGAAAUGAAAAGACGUAACGGGUAAGGGAAAAGUUCCCAUACCAUGCUUGUUCCUCAUCUGCCCAGUCGACCUUCCCUCCACAUAAGUAAUGACCAUGUUGUUCUUAGUUUCUCAUGUACCCUUCUGGGGCUUCCUUAUGCAGCCGUAAGCAAGUAUCAAUAUUCGUUCUUAACAUCUGACUCACUUUUUACACAAACGGGAACGUGUGGUGCACACUGAUCGGAAGUGUGUUUUCUUCACGAACAACGUCUGGAAUCCCUGAGAAUCUUCAGCGUUCCGUCUGACAAAGGUUCACGUCUACCAGUCUCGUAACAUUUGUACGUAUGAUAAGCAUGCCAUCAUCGUCUUCGUUCGAGUUGUUGAUAAGAGUUGUGUUCGCUGGAGGUUUAUGACUGUGGACGUGCCCAGGCUGAUGCCCAUCAUAAAUCAACACGUACGUGGUGCAGUGUCCUGCUGGUUACUGGGACAGCUAACUAGGCUCAUUCUCAGCCCACCUUCCUCCUCCUUAGUCACAAGGAGAAUGUCAAAUCCAAAUCUAUCAAAUAUCUCACGACACAACUAGGUGUAGAGAAGCUUCCUGAUUUAUCAGACUAGAACAGUGGUUCUCAACUAUGGAAGAUUUUUACCAUAGGGGACAUUCGGCUAUGUCUGGAGUCACUUUUGGUUGUCAUAUGACUGGGUGGGGAGAUGCUACUGGCAUCUAGUGGGUAGAGGCCAGGGUGCACAGGACCGCCCCCAUCCGCACAUUCACCCCCAGCAAAGAAUUAGCAUGCCAAAUGUCAAUAGUGCCAAGAUUGAGAAACCCUGCUUUAGAACCUUACCAAUUUUUUUUUUUUUUUUUUUGAGACGAAGUUUCGCUCUUGUUACCCAGGCUGGAGUGCAAUGGGGCAAUCUCGGCUCACCGCUACCUCCGCCUCCUGGGUUCAGGCAAUUCUCCUGCCUCAGCCUCCUGAGUAGCUGGGAUUACAGGCACACGCCACCAUGCCAAGCUAAUUUUUUGUAUUUUUAGUAGAGACGGGGUUUCACCAUGUUGACCAGGAUGGUCUCGAUCUCUUGACCUCGUGAUCCACCCACCUUCACCAAUUUUUUUUUUAAGUUAAAAGAUUAAUUUGGUGUCACCUAGUCUUAAUGAAUCCAUGCUGGUUCCAAAAACUUUUCAGGCUGGGCACGGUGGCUCACGCCUAUAAUCCUAGUGCUUUGGGAGGCCGAGACAGGUGGAUCUUGAAGUCAGGAGUUCAAGACCAGCCUGGCCAAGAUGGUGAAACCUCACCUUUACUAAAAAUACAAAAAUUAUCCGGGUGUGGUGACGGGUGCCUGUAGUCCCAGCUACUCGGGAGGCUGAGGCAGGAGAAGCGCUUGAACCCGGGAGGCAGAGGUUGCAGUGAGCCGAGAUCACACCAUUGCACUCCAGCCUGGGUGAUGGAGUUAGAUCCCGUCUUAAAAAAAAAAAAAAAAACUUUCAAAAGUUAUAUUACAUACAAUUCUUUUUUGGCAAGAGAAAAAUCUCUGAUGGAAUGAAAAUAUCAUCUGAUUGAAUUAAAACUCUCCAGUCUCAUGGGGAGAGUCCUCAGAUUUGGAGGACUGCUCCUCUCAUGGGAAUAAGUUUGUCCAAGGGUGCCCUGCUCCAUGGAGAUCUCUCAGGGUGGUCUCCUCUCUAGUGCUUUCUCUCCUGUUUCCUAGGACUGCUCACAUCCCUGGCAAUGACUUCGGAUCUGGCUCCUCUCCCUCCAUUGUCUCCCACCCCAGUCUGGAAUGCACAGAACCUACAGAAAGUUGGGAAGUCCUGGGGAAUGUCCAGCACAGCAGGGCAGCUCUCCCUCCCCCUCUCAAUGUGGUCAUUUCCCACUUAGGGAGGUAUCAGUGCCCCUAUUGUAACAUCUGAAAAACCUUGAUCAAUGGAGGAAAAAAUACUCCCACCAACACCUGUUUAGAAGACUGAGUCCAAGAGAAUUGAAUUGAAACUUUAAAGAAGGAUCUGUUGGUGUUCCCAGAGCCCCGAGCCCCAGUAUCCCCAAGGAGACUAUAGUGGCUGACGAAUACUCCCAGCCAGAAAUGGCCCAUCUCCAUAUUCACUGACCUCCUGCUCUACCCAAGAUGCUAUGAGGGUCUUAUCCAUUUUGGGAAAAAUAAAGCAGGGACCCACCUGUUGAGGAGCCUACAGGAGGCACCCUGUGUAAUGGGAAGCAUGACCUUGAGACAGAUUGGAAUCCCAUGGAGAUGGUGAGGCAGCACGAACCAGAUAAUACUUACUGCCUCAGAAAAUUAGUUUCUCAUCUUUAAGAAUGGAGAAAGCAAUACCCGCCUCAGAGUUGGGGGGAAAAUCAGCAUCUGCAAUGUCUUGCACAUGUAGUAAGUUGAUAUUCCAGCUAUUAUUGGGGAUUCUCAUAUCCUAACACCAAUAUCAGACAUGCAGAAUCUGAUAAGCACUGAAUAAAGGCUCAGACAAAGGACUGUGGCUGCAUAAAGGGAGAGUCACUGAUGUGGUUCAAAGUAUUUUGAAGAAUGCUGGAUUUGGGGCUGUCAGGAGACCUGGCCUUGCAUCCCUCCUCUGUCACUCAGUAGCUGUGUAAACACAGAUACUUAGCUUCGUUUCUAAGCCUCUGUUUUCUUAUCUAUCAAAUGGAGAUAAUAAGACCUAUCUAAAUGGCAGUGAAUAUUAAAUGCUUAUUGAGUCCAUGGUUGAAUUCCAGCCAGGGAGACUUCUUUAAAUAGGUGGCAUUUGAGAUGAGCCCUGAAGAAUGAGGAGGAUGUUCAUAAGGGCAAAAGGGACAGAGGAGACGGUGAGAUAAGAGCUGAGCAAAGCAGGGAGUGAUGCCUGUUUGUGCUCCUCUCCAGGAAGUUAAGGGUGUAAGCUUGUGUAUCAGACAGAUCUCAGUUAUCUAACGCCUCUAAGCCUCCGUUUCUUCAUUUGUAGAAAGGAACCUACAAGGUGGAAGGAAGUGAGUAUUCAGUGAAGUCACAGAUGAAAGCAUUGGCUCAGUGCCUGGCACAUGGCAAGUGCUUAGGGAACAAUCACUGUUACGCCCGCGGGAGUCGGGGCUGGAAGGUUCAGAUGGACCAGCUGUGAAGAGCCUUGUCUGCCAGGCCAAGGAGGUGGCCAGUUGUUUGGGGAAUGGGAAGCUAUUAUUACUAUCAUUUGAGAAAAAUGACUUGAUUCAAACUGUUUUAGGCUAACUCUUGGCAACAGUGGUGGGUGGGCUCUCAAGGAGGGCACCUGGAAGUAGGAAGACAAGUUGGCCCAGGAAACGGAACCACAGUUUAGUUUUUACUAUGUAUUUGCUCUGGACUCUGAGCAAGCCACAGAGAUUCAGCAAGGCCCCAGGCUCACAGCUGGGCUGGGCCAACGUCCUGGGGUGGAAAAAAGAGUUCCGCCCCUCCCUGCUGGACUCUCUUCUACCACCCUCACCCAGCCUCUCUAUGACAGCUGCGGCUCCCACCCCCAGUCCCUGUUUGGAGCAGUGAUUAAUACAGGUUUAAAAUAAUCUUUGUCUUCUCCCUUUGUCCGCCCCCAGCACAGCCGCUGCUCUCCUCCCAUCCCCCACGCCGUCGCCCCCUGCACUGAGCUGGCCACACCUCAGAAGCCAGCCUCAGUGCACAUUGGGGCCCGGGCCCCAGCCUUCACUCACACCCUGAGAUGCGGUCCCGCACUGUCACCUUCACAUACCACCCGAAGCAGGAGCAGACAACAGAACUUCCCCUCCAGGCCACUUCUUGGCCUUCAAGUCCCCACAGUGUUCUCUUCCUCAGAGGUUCCAGGCCUGGGAUGAGGAAGACCAGCAGCAGGUCAUCUUUCUCUAACCCCCACAUCAAGAAGUGGCCCGGGCCAUGUUGCAUGUCCAAACCAAACACGAGAGGCCCGGCUGCACUCCAGCCUACCCGUAGUCGCUACUCCUAGACUAUGAGCAGUGCCCCAUAUCUCGGUUUCCCCACUGGACCUCUGGCUUCUUUUCCUUCCCAAAGAAAAAUGUUUUCACUUUCUCAUCAAUAUUCCUCAGUUGGGCAUGGGAGGUCACCUCAUUAAACACAUAAAGAAAACCAGAGCUCAGAGAGUUUAGUGGCUUUCCUGUGGGUCAGGGCUAGAAACUGGAUACAGGGGCUAGCUCCAAAAGCCAGCAGCCAGCCUGUCCUGGAGAGGCUACCUGCUCGCCUCCCUCCACAGCUGCUGGGACUCCAUUCCUAUUUCUUCAGUUCUCCAGGGUCCCAUGGCAUUCCAUUCCCAGGAAUACACCUGAUCAUUAAUGGGGACCCCUCCCCGCCACGUGACUCUGAGCCAAGCCUGGUGCUUUUGUCUGGCUGCAGGCCUCUAGAUCUGUUCUCACAUGUGGCAAUGGACAGGGCAAAACAGCAGAUAAUGGAUUCAGCGCACAUCAUUGAAAUGUCCAGUUGUGGGGUACUAUAGUUUAAAGGGAUACAAAGAUAUCUAGGCUGCUUUAUUUUACAGAGAGGGGAACCGAGGCCGAGAGAGGGAAAGAGAGUGCUCAGCCACAUGGCUGCAGAAUGAACUGACUUCCACGGCCCGGCUCUUUGCCCCGCCCCAGCGGCUGCCCCAGACUCCCUUUAAGUCACCAGAGGUGGAGAGGCUGCUGAGUGACUUCUCCCUCCUAGAGACACUGGAGGUGAUGUAGCUCAAAGAGGAUUCACUUUUCUGCCCGCAGCAUCCAGAAGCAACAGGGGUUAGGAAAGAAACAAAUAUGUCUGGCGGCAGGGGAGACCAGAGACAGCAAAGCCCUGUGCAGGCAGCUGCUGGGACCUGUGCCCGCCUGGCCUUGGGCAGGUGCUCACUUGGCUGCCAGGCUCAAGUGUGCAUCUGAAAGCACAAGGGCACUUUUUCUCUGCUCUGUCUGGUGGGAGAAAGCCGAGGAGCUCACGCCUGUGCUCAGACAGAGCUGACAAAUGCCGAGUUAAUCCCGAAUUGCUUGCUUGGGAUUAAAAACAGAUGGAGGUGCGGAAAUGUGUUUCUCUGGGCAGGAAAGAGAGACAGGAGUGUGUCUGAUGGCCUGGAUGGAGUCAAGCUAAAUAUUUAAUGUCCUUGACAGAGACCUGGGGUGGGGGCCGUCCCUUUCUCUAAACAGUGACACGCAAGGCUUCCAGGCUGGGAGACAGAGCCAGCAGCUGAGAUGGGAGAGCUGCUUCCAGCUGCAUCUCAGAGGAAAGGCAGGAAACGAGGAGGUCAUGUUGGGAAGUGUGACAGAGGACGUGGGAGCUAAGGGCCAGGGCAGACCGAGGCUUGCCAGCGGAGGGGGCUGGGACAGACCGAGAGCUUCCUUUAUUAAAAAAAUAAAAAUAAACGGUUCAUUCUUUACAUUUGGAAUAAAAACCUGUUGUAAUUACCUAGCAGUGGGAAAGCAAUUUCCAAGCAGCUUUAUUAUUCUGCUCCCCAACCAAAUGUGCAACGAAACAUCCACCAGGGAAUAGCAGGAGCGAAGGCACACUGCAGUAACUAUGAUAUUUAAAUGUUUCCACGGUAGAAAUUUCAAUAAGGUUUAAAUGAGCCAUAAGUUGAUUUCUCUCCGGAUUAUUUUUUCCUCCUUCUCCUUUAUUAAGACACUGUGCUCCUAAACCGUAUUUAUAUGGUACUAGCAAAAAAGUCCCAGUAGGAAACCUCAAACUUUUUUCGUUGCCAUUCAGAGUGCCUCUCUCUCAAUCCCUGUCCUGGAGUAGAUGGGCACCUUCCGUCCACCUGAGGCAUCAGGUGAGUCAGCCUACAUCCCACAGCACUUCACAUCCCACAGGUGCUGUGGGUCGAUUUCACCCUGGCUGGCUGAACUCUCCAUGGCCCCCACCGUGUUGUCAGUUGUACCUCUCCUCCAGUGGCAGUUGUCAGUUUAUAACCAACAAUGGUGACAGUAGAUAGGGCUUCAUAACAUAAUUUCUAAGUCCUUCAGGACCAAGACCAUGUCUCAAGUAUCCACUGCUGUUCCUGGCAAUGAGUAAGAUCUGAAAUCAGAACGUUUGUCUUCUCCCUGUAUUAUUAUUAGAGAUAUAAUUCUUAGCAUGCCAGGCAAGUUCUAGCCUCAGUGGGAGACACAAAGAAGGGUAAACUAUUCCACUGACUUAAAGACAUCUAGUACAUGUACUAAGAAUAUAGUGCUACUAUAGGUCAGCCAAUCACUAUAUAUACAUACAUAAUUUCAUUCGAUCCUCAGAGCAACCCUAGGAGGGGACCACUAAAAUCAUCCCAUUCUUUCAAAUGAGGAAAUUAAGUAACUCUCCCAAGCUCUCACGGAUGGCAAGUGUCGGAGCUGGGAUUGAACCCAGACACCACCACUGAGUGCUCCCACCCACCACCACCCUGCCUCACCCGCCUGUCCUGGAUGCACCUACUCAAGUCUGCAUUGCAGAAACAUCGACUCUCCUUGGAAUUCAAGGAUUUGAAAUUUUCUGGGUGAGCCAACAUCGGAUUAGAUAAGUGAGAAGCUCAUAGUGGUAUCCUCUUUGGAAACCUUGAAGAACCGCAGAGACUACAUGUCAUGAGGGAACUCCUCCUUCUUGAAGGCAGAAAACUGGCAGAGGCAGCCACUGUUUUUCCCCAGACUCUGUUGCAUCUAGUCACUCAAGGAAGCUGCUCUCUGCAAGGCGGAGAUAAAGCAUGCUCAACCUUUCACGCAGUACGGUUCUUUUCAGCCCCACAGCAUGGACAGAGCUGGGAAAGAAUGAAGAGCUCUGAGCAUGGACUUUAAUUUCAAGCUUUAAAAGACAGGCCAUGUCUAGGAAUAUUUGGCCAGAGAAGUGCCUGCAUGCUGAGUUCCCUGCUCAAGGCUGCAUUUCAGGGGCCAUUUGAAUCCUCCCUGGAAGCUGAGAGGCAAGAAUGUAAACGCUUUGACUCAGAACCACCCGUUACAUGCAAAAACCCAACCUACCAACCUCCAAGCCAGGUCCCUACCAAUGAAUAUUUAUGGUGCUUGUAUUAGUCAGGGUUCUCCAGGGAAACAGAACCAACAGGAUGUAGAGCGAUAGAGAUUUAAUAUGAGAGUUGGCUCGCGUGAUGAUGGAGGCUGAGGAGUCUCAAGAGCUGCAGAGACCUAGGAGAGCGGGUGUGCAGUUCCAGUACAAAAGCCAUCAGGCUCAAGACCUAAGAGCUGAUGACCUAAGACUCCGUUAGAGUCUGAAGGCCAGGAAAGACUAAUAUCCCAGCUCAAAGCAGUCAGGAAGGAAGAAUUUUCUCUUCUUUGCAGGAGGGUCCACCUUUCUUGUCCCAAUCAGGCAUUUAACAGAGUGCAUGAGGCAUUCCCACAUUCGGGAGGGCCAUCGGCUUUACUCAGUCUGCUGAUUCAAAUGUUAACUUCAUCAGGAGACACCCUCACCGACACACCCAGAGUCAUGCUUGACCAAAUACCUGGACACCCUGUGGCCUUGACCUGGCCAAGGCAACACAUAAAAUUAAUCAUCACAGUGCCCUUGCCUGGUGCAGCUAGCUCUGCAUUCUCUACUCCUCAUUCCUCAACUGCUGUUCCGGGAGGCAGGAGUAUAGGGAGAGAGCUUAGACCAUCCCCUUAGCUCCACUAGUGGGGUCGCCCUUUCCCUUGGCCUCCCACAUCUGUUGGCUUUGGCAGCUCCAAUACUUGACAAUGGGAGCACCUCUCUUCACUUUUUACCCUUUCUUUUCCUCCCCAGACCCCACCCCACCAGGGGGAAUGGAGCAGAGGAGCCAGGGUUGGGAGAAGGGGCCACACAUGGGCUCUGUGUCAUCUGUGGCCUCAGGCCCCACAGCAGAUGCCCUGGACAGGAGGAGCCUGGGCUAAAAGCAGAGUCCCCGUGUCUCUCCUGUACGCAGCAGCUGAGCUCGUGCUGACUAGAAACCCGUGUCUUAUUAGGCAUAAUCAGGCCAUAUUGUGGCUGGCAGGAGGGAAGUGCGUUUCACACUCUGGGAAAUAGGAUUCGGCAAAGAGACAGGAAGAGGUUUCACGUACAUGCUUCUCUGCCUGUUAGUCUGAAAGUUGUCAGUGGCAUCAAGCCAGAGGAAAUAAGUACAGACUUCCUAUUCCACUAACGCAGAGGCAAGACAGCACUAGGGCUCUGCUCCGAUGGGGGCUUUUGUCCCAGGCACACGUCAUCCCCCACCUAUUAGCUGUGUGACCUUGGGCAACUUGCUUAACCUUUCCAUACCACAACUUCCUCAUUUGGAAAAAUGAGAAUAACACACCAAUCCCACAGGGUGGUUCUUGUGAUGAUUAGACGAGUUAAUAUAUAUGAAUUGCACAUAGUAGAGUCCCAGUAAACGUUGGCCAGUAUUCUUACCCAUCAGCCUUCUCCUUUUGCUUCUUGAGAUGUGAUGAUUUGGUUUUCUGCUAGUGGAAUAUCCACCACACAUUUAUGGUCCAAGGCUGGCUCCCAUUAGCUGGUUAGUGAUGUGUGCACUGGGAUGAACUUACUUCAAAAGGAAGGUCAAGGACUCUAUCCCUUCUGCCCCUGCUACAUAUCAGGAGGCUGUCAACCAACCACCAGGGGCUGGGUAGGUGUGGGAAUAAUAUGUGAGAUCCUCCCUUAUGAUGCCUCUCUCCCAGCAUGGAAAACAGGAGCAAUGGCUGUCAACCCUUAUGGCAUGAGAGAGAACCCUGUCAGUUCCAUCCCCAUAAUUUCCCCUCUCCCUCCACACUCCGCUCUUCCCUGACCUCAUAGUCUCUCCUUGGCCUUCCUCACUGGUGAUGGCCAUGUAGGAAGUGAGUGGUCCCUCUAAUCCCCUCCUACAGGCAACUCAAGGUGUCCAGCCCUUGCCUCGCCAUCUCCAAGGCCCCCUUCUAGUGUGUGCUCAUAGGUACACAUGAACUGAAAAGUGCUGAGGAAACCAGUGUGAUGGAGCUUCAAGCAUUUUUGGAUAGAGCCAGAUUUAAGACCUAGGGAAACCUCAUCCCAAGUCCACUGUAGAUCACUGGCACUUCAUACAAGGACAACUCGUAAACCCCUGGCGCAGUGCCUGGCACUUCAUGGGAGGAUUCAGUAUGUAUUCACUGAAAUAAAUGAGGGUUUUUUGGCUAAAAUUGACCAGGAAGCCUCUUUCUCUAGAAUAGAUGAUAUCUCUGAGGCAUCAGUUUCUUGAGGACAGGAUUCUGAUACUUCUUUGCGUUCCCCAGAGCAUUUAGCACAGAGCCCGGCACAAACUAGGCACUUUUCGAAAUGUGUUUGCAUGGCUGAGUGAGUCAAUGAUGGGGCUCUGGGGCAGGAUCCCAGUCAGUCCAUCCAGAUGUGGAACCAUCUUACCAUGAGACAUAAAGAUGCUGAAGGUCCUGGGAGCCAGGCUUGAUGCAGGAGGAAACACCAGGGAACUGGUCCCAUCAUCUUUAAGGGGCUUGCGAUGAUCUGCCACUUCAGGCAAAAGCCAAAGCUCCAGCCCCUGCUAGUCUCUUAAGCACAUACAUUUCCCUUUGCUCCUCCUCCUCCCCUCUUCUUGCCUUCUCUGCCUUGGGGAGAGCCUGGGCAGAAGACAAAGAAGAAAAUCUGUCUCUUUCCCUACCCCAUGUUGUCUGAAAAUAGUAACUAAUUCAAAACUCACCUUCUUUGGCCUCAGAAUAAGUCCCAGGAGUGUUUGGGAGCAGACUGAACUUGCCUGGUUUUAUCUUGCUUGGGCCGAAGUUAAAAUCCAGUCACAAUUCCUGGGCGCCCACUGGCUGAGGUCGGGGUAGGCAGCCUGGAAGCAGCAGUGUCAGAUGAGGUGGGGAUGCACGGUAGGAAUUCAAACUGGUCUGAAGAGGGCCUCGGAGGUGGGUUAGCCACUCACUGGGCGGGGCCAGAACAGCCACCUCGCAGCGCUGAGUUCUUUUUUUUUUUUGCCAAUCAGUUUGAGCUUAUGAGGUUGCUCAGGUUAGCCUUGAACUGAUGACCUCGCCUUCGCGAGCGCCAUGACCUCCGGCGGGAGCCACUUUGGACCCCAACGCUGAGUUCUUCAUAGGCACUCGGCACAUGUGCACCACUGAGUCACACUGGGCCUCCCAUCACAGGGUGUGUCUUGUAUUAAUUCCAGACAGUGUUUGGAAUUAUAGAAUGUGGAGUUCUAAACAGAAAAGGAUCAUUUUACCGGUGUGGAAACUGAGGCACACAGGUGAAAAGACUUGCCCGAACGCACGGCCUAAGUUGGGAGAAGGGGAAUAGGCAGCGGGUUCACUCGAGUUUCGGAGGAGUGGAUUUAGCUCAUGAGCUAGUAUACAAACGUGACCUAAGGAGGAAGUAGACAUUUGGGGGCUAGUUUCCCUGCCAGCUGAGUAGUGGAUUUCCUAAGCUUGUGUGUUUCUGAUCUGUGCUGCCUCUUUGGCACCGACACUCUGACCAGAGAAGGCAAACAGCAGACACGCUCAUUGGCCGUGUUUCUCUGCUGCCUCCAUGCCCAUCCAUCAGCCACAAUUUCAUGUUGAAUGGAGCUGUGAGGAACUUCAAAGCUGAGAUUAUUACAUUUUGUACAUUACACUUCUGCCAGAGAGCUAAAAAUACCCUCCUGGUGGUUGCUAAGUGCAGGUCUAAUGGUUUUCCUUAGAGGAAAGAAUGGAAUUCUAGUUUAUCUGAAUCUGGAGGCCCCACAUCCAGGGAAAUGAAGACAAAAUUAUUGGAGCUGGUUGUAGAGUGUCCCUGGGGAGGAGAAGCUAAGAGAGGCAACACAAUAAUUCCUUCGCCCCUGUGUCACGGAAAAUCUCCAGGGACUGGUGUCCUCAGAAGUGCUGGAUCCCGGGAGGAAACACAGAGAGGCUGUACCUUUCCCGGAGAACUCCCUGUGAUCCUCAGGGCCCCUGUCCGUGGGGACCUGACUUUCUGAACUUUCAUUCUUGGAAACCCCACUCUUUGGUUUGCAUAGAGAUGGCCAGUCCCCAAAGCAUACCUACAACCUAGUUAUUUUAAGGGAAAAAUAUUGAUUUAGGGAAAUUAAGGAGGGUCUUGGGGACAAUGCACCACUUUCAACAAAACCUGAAAAUAGAUCCAGGCUGUCUCCUAGUUGGUAAGUCUCAGACUUACCAAGUAUAUAGUCAUCCCAACACUGCCUGCUCCCCCUCACCUGACACAACCCUCUGACUACAAGCAGAAACAUUUGAUUUAUUAUUUAACCGAUACAUCAAAAAUAAAGUCCUAGACCCAACUAGGAGGCUUGAUCUCCCCUGAGAGGUUCUCUUGGAGGAUUCAUGCAUUCUAGCCACUGCCAUCUCCUAGAACAGCUUCAAGCGUCCUCCUUUGAAAACGUGUCCAGCCCCAGGUCCCUGGAGCCAACAUGGCCCCUCUGGAACUGAAGUGUCUCCUCGGGACAUUGAUUCAUUAGCUAGAGACUGUUGCCAUGGUUUCUUCCUCCUGACUACCUAGGGCAUUGAAUUCAUGUGAAUUUGCCUUCCCUGGUGCAGGCUGAUCAGUGGCCCUGGAGGUAGGUGAGGAGUUGCUUGGGUUGCAGGGGAAGCUAGCCUGGGGCGAGAUGUUUGAAGCAGUGUUUCAGCAGAUCCACAAAGGAGAGGCUCUGGGGUCUAGUUAGACAUCGUUCGUACACACGUGGCUGUCAGUGGGUGCCAAGCUGAUGCUGUGUACUCAGCAGAAGAAAAGGCAUGUGUGUCAUUGUUGGCGGGUGAGGGGGUUGGUCUUCUCUUGCUUAUUUUGUUCAGGGGAGCAUUGACGAGUUCACCUUCCUGCUCAGGCAAUGAUCACAAAGGCAAAGUUCAUCUUAGACCAUUUCCUUGGAAAGAAAGAAAAGCAGGAAAACAAAUCUUUAUGAGUAAGAAGUGUAAGAUUGCACUCGACUCACUACACUUGGGCCCAGAGUUCUUUCUCCUGUCACCAAAAACCAACCCUGCCCUCCUGAGAUGGAGAGCUGUCCUCUCGGUAGACCACGGAGGCUUUAAAGAACAGCCGAAAGGCUCCAAAGACAAUUCCAAAAAGCAAAGAAGAGAACCUCUGGAAGUUCUCAAGCAAGGCAGCAACCCAGUCCCAAGGUGUCUAUUCUGAAAGAACAACACAUUUGAAUGUGUAUGUUCUCAGAUGUUUGUUAAAACAGCCCCCUGGGUUGCAGCUCCUCAGCGGUCCAUCCAAGAGGGGAAGCAAUGGAGUCAUUUGUUUAAAACGGUGGAAAAUCACAAAGCUCACUGUCGUUUGACUUCCGACGUGUAGUGGGAGACAGAGAUAUUGUACAUAUCUGACAGCAUGUUUGCCUUCCCAUUAUGUUUUGCUUCAACCAGUGUGGAAAUGAGACACCCGCCUGUGAGUGCACAGCAAUUAAUAGCUGGGUCAGGCUGCUCGGAAGCUUUUUCAGUAUGUGGAGCAAUAGGUAAAACCUCACAGGAGUUGACAUUUCUACAGAUGACUUGCCUGGUGUGUAAUCCACCUGGGUAUAACCGAGCGUUGGCUGCAAUCAGGUUCAUUCGUAGCCCCAGAAUGAAACCUACCUCCAUCCCCAACCCCAUCCAGUCGUUCUCUGUUCUCCCCUGCUUGUGCCAGAUAUUUUAUGAAUCUUGAGUACCACAGGCUGCCAAGCAGGCAGCCUGCAUCAGUGGCAAGGGGCUAAUCUAUAUUUGCAUAUUAACCAUACUUCCCAGUGAAUGUCAAUAACUUGGAAAUGGGCAUUUAGCAGCUGGGAGGGAGAAGACAUGUUAAGUGCUCAGAACAAGUCUAUAAUAAGCAUCUGGUUGAGAGACACCCUCUCUAGCCAAAUGCCCAGUGCCUGAUCGAGGCCCUGGGCUAGGUCUGCAGUUGCACAUUAGCAGACACUUAGCCUGUCUUCCCAGUGGACUGAGCAGCAUUUCUGGCCCAAAACAGCACACUCUUAUUCACAAAGUGGAGUUCCUAAGCCAGACUUCUGCCCACAGUCUUUCUCACCCCAAGUGGGGCUACUAGUGUAAGACUCUCCCCUCCAGAAGAUUUCACCCAGUAAUUCCCACCACCUGUCAUGCCACAGAUGCCUCCAUACCACGUGGCACACUAUUACAUGCCUUGUUAAUAUGCUGCUAGGCAAGCAGUCUUAAGGAGGGCAGCUGCCACCUCCAUCCUGGCUAGAUUUGAGUCUCCUUGAGGGCAAGGUCUCUUCUUGUCUGAAUGCUUCAUCCUUUGUAUCAUCACCCUCCACAAUGCACCCAGGCAGGGAUACCGCACAAGGGGACAGUGGUGUUGGGUGUGUGGGCCAGGCCAAGACUAGAACAACAUUUUCACCUGAAGCUUCUUGGGACACUGGGAACAAAAGAGGCUUUAGCCAGAGGCCACUGGGGAAACUGAUCGUUAGACCCCGGGAGCCCAGGCAUAGCUUCAAGUCAAAGGAUCAAAGGCAAAAAUAAAGUCCAGGUUGCAAAACCAAGGGUUGAAGUUGAGAAGAGACAGCAUCAGAGUGAAGGCAAUGCCUAACAUUGCAGCUGGCACAGAGUGAGUGUCCAGCCUGCACUUGUUAAAUGACUGAAGAAUGCUCCCUAAAGCCACGGAGACAUCUGCCUUUGUAAAACUGAUGAGUUCUCACUGGGUACAUGGGAGUGGACAGGCCAACCUAAAGGGCCUGACGUGGAAUUGAUUGUAAUUUUCUCUCUUGUGGUCUCUUUUCCAGGACUCCCAGCUCAAACCUCUAUAAAUAUGUUGUUCAUUUAUUGUCUGGCACUAAGUUUCUUUAUUUCCCCUUUUCUCUGUCACUUUCUUUAGCUCAUCCUAAAAGUUUGCUCUCCUACCAUAAUAAAACACUCCCGCAACCCCCAAAAAAGAAGCAGCAGGAUCCCUACAGCCUCCUCAUGUAUCUGACCCUAAAGCUUCGGUCCAUGACUUUAUGAGAGUCUUCUACACCAGCAUUUCCCAAAGCGUGCCUUGUAGAACAUUGCUCCACAGAAUGUUAACGAUAAAAACGUUCACAGGUCAAAUAAAUUUAGAAAAUGUUAGAUUUAACCAAAUUAAACAAGGUUCUUCAGUGUAGGGCUUCUCUGCCUUUACAAAUACCAAAUAAUGUGCACUCCUAGAAGGGAAUGCCAAAUCUACUUAACCUCAGAGCCCCUUUCCGUGGUGCUCCUGCUUCUCGCGGGACUGUGGCUUUGCCGAGCACACUUUCGAAAUCUAUGGUCUUGUCUUGUCUUUGGUGGCCCAUCCUCUGUCCUCGUACCUUAAAAUGGGGAUAAUAAUAGUGUCCACCUCAGAGGGGGGUGAAGAUCAAAUGAAUUGGUACAUGUGAAGCAUUCACCAUGUGCCUUGCACUCAGCCAGCAUCCGAUAUAGGGUUUAUUUUUAUUAUCUUUGUUAUUAUGGUUUCUGGAGCUGUUUAAUCUACCUCUAGCCCUCACUACUUUGUGGACUUGCUCUUGACAGUACUGAGCAUUUCUCAGGCCCCACAUCCAGUGGCCUUUCCUUGCUCCUGAUCUCGGCCCCAUCAGCAUUUGAUGCGCAGUUCUCCCCGCUCCCUAAUACUUUGCCCUUCUCGAACUUCUCUCCGCCUGCUCUCUCCUGGUGUCUUCCUGCCAUGCUGGUCAUUUCUCCUUUUGUUCCUCCUUUCCUCCACCUUAUAAGUUUAGGUUUUAUCCAAGGAUCAUCCUUGACUCUUUUUUGCUCCUUCUCGACACUCUCUCCUUUGGAAACCACAUCCAAUUUAAAGCUUCAUCUGCUAACCUUGAUGAAGGCAGGUGGCACCCAAAUUAACUUCCCAUCCCUAACCUCUCUCCUGAACUCCAGCCUGUCUUUCCUUUCUAUCUUUGUGUCUCCACCUUUAUUCCUCCAAUCCGUUAAACUGAUCCAUACAGUGUCGGUGUAGUGACAAUCUGUGUAGCUGUCGUGACAGUCUGGGUAGUGCCCACGUAGUUAAACAAUCUGUGUAGUCUUCAUUGAGUUUACAGCUUUACCCCUUUAACUCGGUUCUUUCUUUUGUGCUCCCUAUUUCUCUUAGUGACACCACUGUCCUUCCUGUCUCCCAAGCUGACUCCUCCCUACCUCUCGCUGUGACCUACCGAUUGUGUUACCAUCUGGCUCGGAACUCCCUUUCCUUGUCUGUGUUUUCUCUGCCUCAUCCAUGAUUCACUCCUUCGUCAUUCCUUCAUUGCCUUGAUCAUCAUAACAGCUUCUUAACCUGAUGUUCCUACCACAGUUCGUUUCUCACUGUGCUUCUAGAAUACUCUCGAAAAACAAUCAUUAUUUCAUAUCCUGCUUGAAAACAUUCAGUUACUCUCUGCUUACAGAACCAAGCUGCAACUCGAGGCCAUUCACAGUGUAGUCUCAGCUAUCUUUCUGAUCUUACCUCCCGUUCCUCCUCUUCACAAACCCUUCACUACAACCCUCUGAUAUCUCAAUGUGCCCCACAUAUACCCCCAUUCACUCCCAUUUCAAUUGUUGCUUUCUCCAUGAAGUCACAGAAUUGAUCCAGCUAGAGGCUCUCUUUCCUCUUCAGAUCUCCCUCUGCACAUGCAGGUGAGUAUGUCUUUGUGACAUCCCCCCACUGUGGGGAUGUUAUAUUCCUUUUAUAUCCCCACUGUUAUGUCCCUGUUAUAUCCCUACUGGGGGAUGUGAUAUUCCUUCAGGACAGGAUCUAUGUCUAUCUCUGUCUUCCAUCCCACAUGUGCUUUGUUAGAUGUUUGUUAGAUUGGAUGGAUGGAUGGAUAGGUGAUGGUAUGGAGGUGCCUCUUUCUUCUCUUUGUGUCUAUUUUUCUUUCAGUGAGUGCAAUACCAUGUAUAGUCGUCAGCGAGAGACCAGGUAGCAUCAUACUUAUUGGCUUAUGUGGCUGCUACUGCAGAUCUUAGACUCGAUGCUCCCUCUGCCCAGACCAAAGCUCUCUUAGCAAGGCACCCCAGCUGAUAGCUCUCCAGAGUCACUGUGACAAGCAGUGCCCUCCUUGGAUCCCUGAUGCUCUUAUCCUCAAAAUGACACUGGCAUCAGCUGACCCUCUAAUUAAAGCCAUAAGCCUUUGUUAUUCCCAGUAAUUUCCUUCAGUGUGAAAGUGAUCAUCUGUCCUCUUAGUUCGGGCUCAAUCUGCUUCUGUGACAGAGUGACUCUGGUGUCCAGGAUCAGAAUGAGAAGUCCCGGCCUCCCUGCCUUCUGCAUUGCGAUCGCCCUCUAAUGCCUGCUAUUAGCAAAGCCUGAUAGAAAGCCAGUUAUCGAGGGAAUCCAGAGUUCCAGCUCAGAACAGAGAAUGUAAUUGGAGCUGUGGCAAUAGGCAAGUAACUGGCACCAGCAUGUGCUGGAUCUGUAAGCUUGGGCGAGUUGCUCAUCUUCUCCAUGCUUUAGUUUUUUCACCUUUAAAAUAGGAGUAACAAUUAUGCCUCUUUCAUAGGGUCAUUGUGAGGCUUAAAUGAGCUAAUGCAUGGAAAGUACUUAGAACAGGGCUUGAUACAAGCAAGUGCUCAAUAAUUUUUACCUAUUAUUAGUCUGCCAGUAGGUAUCUCAAUUAAUCUCUUUGCUUCCCAUUCCACUCCCUCAAAAAGCAUACAUACUAUCGUUGUCAUUGAUAUUUAUUUGAUAUCAAUGCUUUAUAUCAGUGCAUGACGUGUGUAUGUAUAUGUGUGUAUAUUCUUUCUUUUGGAAAACAGCUUCACACACGCAGAGUACAGACUUAACCAGAUAUGAAUCCCAAGCCUAGAUCUACCACUUUCUGGCUGCAUGUCAAUCUUCACAGUAAAGACCCAUGGUGGGCUGGGCGCGGGGGCUCACGCCUGUAAUCCCAGCACUUUGGGAGGCCGAGGCGGGCAGAUCAUGAGGUCAAGGGAUCAAGACCAUCCUGGCCGAGAUGGUGAAACCCCGUCUCUACUAAAACUACAAAAAUUAGCUGGGCAUGGUGGUGCAUGCCUGUAGUCCCAGCUACUCAGGAGACUGAGAGGGCUGAGAUGGGAGGAUCACUUGAGCCCAGGAAUUCAAGAUUGCAGUGAGCCAUGAUUAUGCCAGUGCACUCCAGCCUGGGUGACAGAGCAAGACCCUGUCUCAAAAAAAAAGAAAUAGUGAAAUUCCCAGGCCUCGGUCUCUUUAUGUAAAAUACAGUUGAUAAUUUAAGAUGUUGCUGUGGAGUUUAAAUAAACUACAUGCAUAAAGCAGUUUAGCAAAAUGUUGGCAUAUAAUAAAUGCUUAAUAAAUGGUAGCUAUUAUUGUUGUCAGCUGUUUACAACAAUACAGUAGUGCCCACCGUGUCCAUGGGGGAUGCGUUCUAAGAUCCCCAGAGGACGCCUGAGAACGCGGAUAAUACUGAACCCUGUGUAUACUAUAGUUUUCCUAUGCAUACAUACCUAUGAGAAAUUUUAAUUUAUAAACUCGGCACCGUACGCUUGCGUUUGGGGGCCAUUAUUAAGUAAAAUAAGAGCCGCUUGAACACAAGCACUGGGAAACACAGCAGUUCUCUGAUAACCAGAUGGCGACUACACAGCUAAGUACCUGGAAGGUAGCGUGGACAGCAGAAAUGCUGGAGGAAGGUUCUCGUCCUGGGCAGACAAAGGCAUACAGCAUGAGCAGGAGAGCACGAGGUUCCAUCACACCACUCAGAGCAGCUUGUGACCUAAAACUUACGAAUUAUUUAUUUCUGGAUUUUUUCAUUUGGUGUUUUCAGACUAUGGUUGACCGCAAGUAACUGAAACCGUGGAUAAUAGCAAACACUUAGUGUGUUUAGAUUGCCAGGCACUCUGCUAAGUGCCUUAUGGGCCUCUUUCGUCGAAAUCUUCUAAUAACCCAAUGAGGUAGGUGUUAGGAUUAUUCCCAUCUGACCAAUGAGGCUCUGUGGCUUAGAGCAGCUUUCUCCAGGUCACCCCGUUUGUGUACACUAGAGCCAGAAUUGGAAGACAUGUCAGUCUGCCCCCAUUGCCUGUGCUCUUACCUUUGAAAACACUGUCUUACAUAUUGCUAGGAUUUUCACUGUGCACAGAGGGGUUUCUUCCAAGUUCCUUCCAAAUAAUCAAAAAUUCUCCUCGUCACCUCUAUCAAGGUGCCUGCCAUCUUUCCUUGGAAAAUCUGUAGAGUUUUUAAAGUUUCUCCCAGUCAGAUGUGCAUACUACCCUAGGAAAGAGGGAAGGAAGACUCACAAAUCAACAUUUUAGCAAAAACUGCUCCCCAGUGUGACCAAAGGAGGACCUGCUGAGAGCACAGACCCCAGCCUUCCAAACCCCACUGCAUGGAAAUACAAGUGUUCCCGUAGGGAAAAGAGAUGCUCUGAAAGGAUCCUAAGGCAGGUUUCCCUUCCAAAGUCAGUCUCACCCUGGUCAUAACCCAGGAUAGGGGUGCACUGCAUAUUCAGAAAAUACCUAAAACACGUUGAGUAUAGAAAUGAAUCCAAGAGAGAUUCCUGUUUUCAGUAAACCCUGAUGCAAGCCCCUCAGCUUCUAAAGGGGCUAUGUUUAGUGCAUUUGGAUCAACAAACACACAUUGAGCACCUACCCGAUGCCAGGCAUCAGGCAUGCCAAGCUACCUAACUGGCCUCAACUCACUGGAUUUUCUACCCUGGGAUGUACCUAGAAAGUGAAGGACGAGAGUUUAUAUGGUGCGACCAUUAAUUAAGGGCUUACUGUGGGCUGCGCAUUGUUCUAAGCACAUUUUACUGGUAUCAAUUCAUUAGCAACUAUUGUUAUCCCCUUUCUACAGAUGAAGGAAUAGAGCCACAGAGAAGUUAGGUAACUUACCCAAGAUCACACAGGUGACUAACUGGCAGAGCUAGGAGUUAAAAGCAAUAAAAAAAUUUUUAUUAGCCUACGUAGGAUUUUUUUCCUGAUGUGCAUUUCAAAGAUUGCAGUGCCCUUCGAAGGGCUUCCUUGGGAAGCUGCAUAUUUAAUCCAAUGGUGCUGGCACUGCUGAUUAGUUGUAGAAUAUCCCUUUAGAAAUUGCCAUUAGACCUGAUUUAGAAAUCAAAGAGGAAAGUCAGCUUUAAUAUAUUACAGACAUACUUUGUUUUGUUUUUCUCAGAGUCCGGGGUCUCACUAUGUUGUCCAGAUUGGUCUCAAACUGCUGGCCUCAAGCGAUCCUACUGUCUCAGCCUCCUGGCUAACCAGGACUACAGGUCACACCUUGCUUGUGCCCUACCUUGUGCCGUGUGUGUGUGUGUGUGUGUGUUUAAAGAAACAAACGGGUCAGGCACAGUGCUCAUGCCUAUAAUCCCAGCAAUUUGGGAGGCCAAGGCUGGUAGAUUUCUUGGGCUCAGGAAAUCAAGACCAGAAUGGGCAACAUGGGAAAACCCUGUCUCUACAAAAAAUACAAAAAUUGACUGGGCAUGGUGGUGUGUGCCUUUGGUCCCAGGUGCUCAGAAGACUGAGUUGGGAGGUUGGUUUGAGCCUGGGAGGUCAAGAUUGCAAUGAAUGAACCCAGAUAGCCCCAUUGUACUCCAUCCAGCCUGGGCAACAGAGCCAGACCUUGUC